AUGCCCGGCAAAACGCCCAAUAGCAGCGGCAACGAGCCUGUCGAGAACAGCGUUAGGGGCAACAACAACGAUGUCGACAUGAAGGACGCCAAGGGCAAGGGCAAGAAGGCUUCCAAGGACGGCGACGACGAGAUGACUGUGGUGCUGCCUCCGUCAAAGUCAUCAAAGCAGUCGAGUCACCCGCACGACGCCGAUGGUGACAUAUCCAUGGGCGACGACGACAAGGCCGACGACGGCGAGGCCAAGAUUGACCCUGCCGUGCAGACCGUGGCGGACAUCAAGAGCAACUUUGCCCUGCUUGACCGCGCCGUCGCCCUCUUCGACGCCAGAUUCUCUCUGCGAGCCUUGCGAUCCAUCUCCCUCAUCCGCAAGCGCUUGACGCCAGACAUUAUCGGCCAAGCUAUUGUCGACACAUAUCCCGCCACCCUGACGUCCGGCAACAUCGCCAAGAGCCUCUUGGUUGCCAUUGGCCGCGAGAGCAUGCCUCUUGGCCGACAGCCGGGGCCCGAGAUGGAUAUUGACGCCGACAGCAAGCCGGCCAAGAACGGCGCCAAGAAGGAAGUCAAGGAAAUCAUCCCGGAGAUUGACAUUUUCCUCGGAAUUCUCAUCCAGGUGUACCUGUUCGACAGCAACAAGUACCAAAAGGGAAUCGACUUCUCAAAGUCCCUGGCGGAGCGUGUCCAGUCGCUCAACCGCCGCACCCUCGACUCCCUCUCCGCCAAGGUCUACUUCUACUACUCUCUCUUCUGCGAGCACACUGCCCCGCCGCCGCCAUCUCCUGAGUCGCCCAUCGUGGCCAUUCGCCCUGCGCUGCUCGCCGCCCUGCGGACCGCCGUCUUGCGCAAGGAUAUUGACACGCAGGCCUCGGUCAUUGUCCUCCUCCUGCGCAACUACCUGCUCACGUCGCACAUCAAUCAAGCCGACCUGCUCGUGUCGCAUACGCAGUUUCCGGAAAACGCCGUCAACAACCAGGUGGCCCGGUUCCUCUACUACCUCGGCAGAAUCAGGGCGAUCCAGCUGCGAUACACGGAGGCGCACGAGCACCUGACGGCGGCCACUCGCAAGGCGCCGUCGAGCAACUGCGCUGUGGGCUUCUCUCAGACGGCGACCAAGCUCCUGUUGGUCGUGGAGCUGCUCAUGGGCGACAUCCCCGACCGGGCCACCUUUCGCCAGCCAUCGCUCGAGGAUGCUCUGCACCCCUACUUUUUGCUGGUGCAGGCUGUCCGGGUGGGCAACCUUGAGGACUUUGAGACGGCCAUUGCCGACCAUGCCGACACCUUUCGUCGCGACGGCACCUACACGCUCAUUCUGCGCCUGCGCCAGAACGUCAUCAAGACGGGCAUUCGCAUGAUGUCCCUGUCUUACUCGCGCAUUUCGCUGCGCGACAUUUGCAUCCGUCUGCACCUCGGCAGCGAGGAGUCGGCCGAGUACAUUGUGGCCAAGGCGAUCCGGGACGGCGUCAUAGAGGCCACGCUAGACCGAGAGCGAGGCUUCAUGAAGAGUAAGGAGGUGGGCGAUGUCUACGCGACGAGAGAACCCGGCGAAGCUUUCCACGACCGAAUUCAAGCCUGUCUCGCGCUGCACGAUGAGAGUGUCAAGGCCAUGCGCUUCCCGAUGAACCAGCACCGCCUCGAGCUCAAGAACGCCCAAGAAGCCCGGGAACGCGAGCGAGAGAUGGCCAAGGAGAUACAAGAAGGCGACCUGGACGAAGACGAUCUCGGCGGCGACUUUGAGGGCAUGUAA